GCUUCCCGGAGCUUAAACAAAGUUUCGUUCCGAUUUUCCCACUCGGUGAAUGUUCGUUCUCAGUGCAGGACAACAGGAAACUGACUGGAAGCGAUUGGAACUGAAUCUGUGGAUCAUCUGACAGAGGGACGUCGGAGAUGAGCAUCUUCAUGCACAGCUGCCCGUUUCUGUUGCGAGUCCAUCGUGCCUUCCUGCAGAAGGUAGGCCGAUCUCCGUCCAUCUAUGUUCAACGCUGCCCCGUGGUGUCUUGCGGCCUGAUGACUACAAGUGCCCACUUCCAGCGGGUAAAAGAGAAGGACUCAGCUGUUUCAGGUCAGGGAACUCUGAGUACAUCACGGUUUCCCCGUCCCAAGGCAGAGGUUCAGUUGCCCGACCGAGCUGCUGCACCCAGUGCUGCCAUCUUGAGUGUGAACUGUCCUUUUGUGGAAUGGGAGAUCAAAAGGGGUAUCAACAUGGUCAUCCGCAAAGCAAGUCUGGCAGUCCAAGAGGAUGUGGCAGAGUCCUCCAAGAGCGCAGGGAUUCGUAGCUGGGUAUCUGACCCAAUUAAGAGGUUCCAAGACUCUUUGUCUUCAGUUUCUAAGUUGGCUGUUCCCCAUCUCAUCCGUGACAACAUAACCGCGGAUCUGCCCGUUUUCAACUAUGAUGAAUUCUUUGAGCAGAAGAUCGUAGAAAAGAAAAAUGACCACACCUACCGUGUGUUCAAGACUGUGAAUAGAAAGACGGAGGACUAUCCAUUAGCUGAGUACUACGAACCGCUGGCUGAGAAGAAGAAUGUGUCAGUGUGGUGCAGUAAUGACUAUCUGGGCAUGGGCAGUCACCCUCGCGUCCUGAAAGCCAUCAUGGAGACGGCGCAGGAGUACGGGGCAGGAGCUGGGGGGACCCGGAACAUCUCCGGGACCAGCAAAUUCCACGUGGACCUAGAAUCGGAGCUGGCCAAACUGCACCAAAAGGACGCUGCGCUUCUCUUCACAUCCUGCUACGUGGCUAAUGACUCCACCCUCUUCACUCUGGCCAAACUGCUCCCAGGCUGCGAAGUCUACUCAGACGCUGGGAACCACGCUUCUAUGAUUCAAGGGAUCAGGAACAGCGGAGUCCCAAAGUUUGUUUUCAGGCACAAUGACGUCGAACAUCUGGAACAGCUCCUGAAGGCGUCAGACCCAAAGACUCCCAAGAUCGUCGCGUUUGAAACAGUACAUUCGAUGGAUGGUGGCAUCUGUCCUCUGGAGGAACUGUGCGAUGUCACUCACAAAUACGGAGGCAUCACUUUUGUCGAUGAGGUGCAUGCAGUCGGCCUGUAUGGAGCUCACGGAGCUGGGAUUGGAGAGCAGGACGGCGUCAUGCACAAAAUAGACAUCAUAUCAGGAACACUUGGUAAAGCCUUUGGCUGCGUGGGUGGCUACAUCGCCAGCACAGCCUCCCUCAUCGAUACCAUCCGCUCCUACGCGGCCGGUUUCAUUUUCACCACGGCGCUGCCUCCGAUGGUGCUAGCGGGCGCCUUGGAGUCUGUGCGGGUCUUAAAGAGUGAGGAAGGCCGGGCGUUGCGUCGCUCCCACCAGCACAAUGUCAAGUACAUGCGCCAGUUGCUGAUGAACGCGGGGCUGCCGGUCAUCAACUGUCCCAGCCACAUUAUCCCCAUCCGGGUGUGCGAUGCUGAGAAGAACUCCGAGAUCUGCAACAUCAUGAUGCAUCAGCACGAUAUCUACCUGCAGGCUAUUAACUACCCGACCGUCCCCCGUGGAGAGGAGCUCCUGCGACUUGCUCCGUCCCCGCGUCACGAACCUGAGAUGAUGGACCGGUUUGUGGACUGCCUGGUUGACGUGUGGAAGGAGAUGGGGCUUCCCAUCCUGUCGGUGACCUCACCAACCUGCAGCUACUGCCAACGGCCCCUGCAUUUCGAGCUGAUGAGCGAAUGGGAGCGUUCUUACUUCGGCAAGAUGGAGGGGCAGUACGUCACCGCAUGCGCCUGAGAUGACAGCUCAGGGAGUUCAACUCAGGGACCCACCCUGACACAAUGACAUGACAAGGAUAGGAUGAGUAACUAUCGACACACCUCAAUGACAUACUCAUAAACCCCUCACUCAUAACAUUGUCUUGCAAACCUUCGAUUUUCUCUGUAACACCCUGAUAUAUCCCACACCCCUCACUGUAACACACUGAUAUACCCCACACCCCUCACUGUAACACACUGAUAUACCCCACACCCCUCACUGUAACACCCUGAUAUCCCCCACACCCCUCACUGUAACACACUGAUAUAUCCCACACCCCUCACUGUAACACACUGAUAUACCCCACACCCCUCACUGUAACACACUGAUAUACCCCACACCCCUCACUGUAACACCCUGAUAUAUCCCACACCCCUCACUGUAACACACUGAUAUACCCCACACCCCUCACUGUAACACACUGAUAUACCCCACACCCCUCACUGUAACACCCUGAUAUCCCCCACACCCCUCACUGUAACACACUGAUAUAUCCCACACCCCUCACUGUAACACACUGAUAUACCCCACACCCCUCACUGUAACACACUGAUAUACCCCACACCCCUCACUGUAACACACUGAUAUACCCCGCACCCCUCACUGUAACACACUGAUAUACUCCACACCCCUCACUGUAACACACUGAUAUACCCCACACCCCUCACUGUAACACAGUGAUAUAUCCCACACCCCUCACUGUCACAACCUGAUAUACCCCACACCCCUUACUGUCACACACUGAUAUACACCACACCCCUCACUGUAACACGCUGAUAUACCCCACACCCCUCACUGUCACACACUGAUAUACCCCACACCCCUCACUGUAACAUACUGAUAUAACCCACACCCCUCACUGUAACACACUGAUAUACCCCACACCCCUCACUGUCACACACUGAUAUACCCCACACCCCUCACUGUAACAUACUGAUAUAACCCACACCCCUCACUGUAACACACUGAUAUACCCCACACCCCUCACUGUAACACCCUGAUAUACCCCACACCCCUCACUGUAACACGCUGAUAUACCCCACACCCCUCACUGUAACACUCUGACAUUUCACAUUCCCCUCUGAUGUACUCUGUUCCCUUCAUGGUCGCUCUCUGAUAUGUUCCAGCAUUGUUCCGACUCAGGAGGAAGGUGUUCCCAUCAUGCCUGUAGCACGUCUUCAAAUGAGUAUCACUCCCUAGUGUCAAUCUGCGUUUCUCCCAUACCUUUCCACACUAUUUCUAUCCAAAUAGAGGCCUUCACUCCUGAUGAAGGUCUUCUGCCCGAAAUGUUGAUUCUCCUGCUCCUCGGAUGCUGCCUGACCGGCUGUGCUUUUCCAGCACCGCCCUCUUCAACUCGGAUGUACCCUCCAGCCCUCACAUGAGCCCUCUGCAAUCCCCAAUCUCUUCACAAAGCUUUGCUGUAACUCCAAAUCUCACUCACUGAUCUACCCCUACAACAGCACGUUUAUCAAGGUGAAUAUUUUAUGCCAACGGAUCAUGAAUUCUUUCUGCUGCUCCUCUCCGACCCUGCCAACGUGAGCACUUCUCGGCCAGGAUUUCUCCAAAGUUAACUCAAUCCAACCAAGUGAGUUUUGAGAAGACUUGUAGCUCAGGUGGAGGUUCGGGACGUAGGUUUGCUCAUUGAGUUGGAAGGUUCGUUUUCAGACGUUUCGUCACCCGACCCGGUAACAUCUUCAGUGGGCCUCCACUGCUGCCGAUUCCUGCUUUCUAUUCAUGAGUUUGGGUUGGUGAGGUCAUUUCCUGCGGCGAUGUCAUUUCCUGUUCUUUGUCUCAGGGGUCUAAUUAGAUGGGAUCUCCCAGCCAAAGUGGGUGUCCUUCCUUAGCUGUAUGUAAGGAUACUAGUGAGGGAGGGUCAUGUCGUUUUGUGGCGAGUUGGUGUUCAUGUAUCCUGGUGGCUAGUUUUCAGCCUGUUUGUCCAAUGUUGUAUUUGUUCUGGUCCUUGCACGGCAUUUUGUAAAUGACGUUAAUUUGUCUUGUGUCUGUAUUGGGUCUUCCAAGUUCAUUAGCUGCUGUUUUAGUGUGUUGGUGGGCUACCGUGAGUCGUCUGGCAGUCAUUUCCAAGGUGUCUUUGAUGUAGGGUGGGUGGCAGGGGUUUCUGGACGUAUUCUGUCUGCUUGUUUGGGUUUGUUGCUGAGAAAUCGGCGGGCUGUGUUCAUUGGGUACCCCUUUUUGAAUACACUGUAUACUCUGCUCUGCGUAGUUCCUAGAAGCAUAGCGUUCCGACCGGAAUUCCAUCAACAAACUCACCCAGUUAGACCCCAUCUACCACCCCCUUUCGAAAAAGAACAGGAAAUGGCAUCACCACAGGAAAUGACAUCGCCACCGGAAAUGGCGUCGCCACCGGAAAUGACAUCACCGGCCCAAAAAUAUCAACAGAAAGCAGGAAUCGUCAGCAGUGCUUCACCCGGGUGGCCCACUGAAGAUGCUACCUAGUAGGGUGACGAAACGUCUGGAAAUGAACCUUCCAACUCAGCGAGCGAACCUCCUUCCAGAAACCCAAUCAACUCUAGCACUCAGCUUACCAAAUAAACCAGGUCUUCCCAAUUGCAUUACAUUCGCUGGAGGCUCACUGAUGAUGUUACCUCGCGUGGUGAGCAAUCCGACCACCUGAGCUACAACCUUUCGCCCAACUCUCAUACAGCGGUCGGAACUCAAAGGUGCGGCGUUCUGAAAUGCUCCCACACAGAGGCUGCGAGGUCUGCUCAGUCAUUCCGGAACUUUCUGCUUCUUUAUGUGUACUUGCUGACUGAUUAAAUAAUGCCCCUGCAUUGAUUUAUCGCCUGAGGACUACACUUGGCCUCCGCUCUCCAGGCUAAAACAACACAAAAUGACAAAUAGAUCAAGUGUCUUUGGAUCAUCAUAUAGGAACCAGGCAAUCUAUACAAAAACAGACUGGAUUUAUUUUCUCAAUCAACUAAGGAGAAACGUUUCACUUGAGUAAAGCAAAUUGCUGAAGUGACUCCAUAAUCCUCAGCACAAUAAAAUAAUACAGUGUAAUUACACACCAGCCUAAGAAUAAUAUUAAAAGUUCAUCCUCUUAA